GCGAGGAAGAGGAAGAUGCCUCGGGCCCCCCAGGCAGGCCCCGAGCUGAGGACAGAGAGCCCAGAGGACAAAUCCCCCCGUGAGACCCUGGUGGGAGAGGCCGUUUUGAAGGGCUCCACGGCGCAGGAAGGCAGCGGGGAGGAAAAGGGCUGGAGAUCCCCCCACAGGAGGGGCUCCAAAGCCAGCCCAGGGUGCUCUGAGGAGGAAAGACUCAGCCUGUGCCGGGAAGGUGCCCGGAGCUUGAGCCAUACCUCUGACCUGGUGGUCCCUGAGCAGCCUCCCAGCAAGGAGAAGCCCUUCAGGUGCUUGGAAUGUGGGAAGAGCUUCAGGUUUAGCUCCCACCUGAUCCGACACCAGCACAUCCACAGUGGAGAACGGCCCUACACGUGUGGGGAAUGUGGGAAGAGCUUCAGUAACAGCUCCAACCUUCUCACCCACCAGUACAUCCACAGUGGAGAACAGCCCUACACGUGUGGGGAAUGUGGGAAGAGCUUCAACCAAAGCUCCAAUCUCCUGAAGCACAAGCAGACACACACAGGGGAGUGGGCCUUCCACUGCGCCGACUGCGGGAAGGGCUUCAACCGGAACUCCACCCUUGUCACCCACCGGCGCAUCCACACUGGGGAACGUCCCUACAAGUGUGGGGAGUGUGGGAAGAGGUUUAAACGCAGCUCACAUCUCCUCGUGCACCAGCGGACGCACACGGAUGAGAGGCCCUUCCGCUGCACCGACUGCGGGAAGAGUUUCAACCAGAACUCCAACCUCGUCACCCACCGGCGCAUCCACACUGGGGAGAGGCCCUUCAAGUGUGGGGAGUGUGGGAAGAGCUUCACCCACAGCUCUGCCUUGACCAGACACCAACGGACCCACCAGUAA